AUGACUUCGUCUCAAAAGCCUCUCGUCGUGGGAGGUCAUGGCAAAAACCCAGCGUCGCUACCAUCACUGUUUUUCUCCACCACAGUGCCCGUUAUCUACCCUAACACGAUAAUUGUCGCCGCAACGCAUCCCAACAUCAAAACGGCUAAUCCUCGUGAUGACGGGUGGUUCAUCUCCGACUUUUAUGCGUUUAACUUUCUGCUGAAGGGCCUAGGGGCUAAACAGACGUGGCUGACUGCAGCCGACCCUCACAAACUCGUCGCCGAAUACGGGCCCUUUCUACAUGGAAACCCGUACGAGACCAGGAGGGAGUGCCUUAGCUAUGAGCUCCUAGAGAAGGAGGAGCUAACGCCUGUGACUAUCGUCCCAACAAACCAGAUGAUAGACCGGUUCCUCGCGGAAGCCAAGAGGGGCUCUGAAAUGGCAAAGGAAAAAGAUGCACCCUUGCUUCUGCUAGUUUUCUGCCAUGGCCUGCCUAACUUUCACCUUCUUCUCGAUAGUGGAAACAUCAACAAGGGUCUGUCUAUGGUACAAUUGAAGGGAGUACUUGAAUUUGGUGCCAACGUUACUCUCGUGACUACUGCCUGUUAUUCUGGGGGUUGGGCGGUAAACCCUGAUUUCAACUUUCCUGCCAUGGCCGCUGCUUCUCAUUUGGAUGAUAGCUCUGGCCAGUCCAAUGCCUGGGACCAGUCCCUUAGUAUUGGCCGUUCGUGUGGGUCUGUAUUUGCAACCACGCUCAUGGAAAGCUUGUCGAGUGCAACAAGCCCUUUUCUGGAUGAUGAAGACCAAUUUCAACUUGCGGGCUCACUAGGGGCAACGUCAUUACUUCAACCAACGAGUCCGAACGAACUGCAAACAAUGACAUACAACGAAUUCUGUCGCUCAGUGUGGGAGAUAUGUGAGCAGCGAGUAACUCGCCUGUGGGAUCACCAAAGCUUUAGCUUUUCUGCAAAAGAUGAUGCAUGGGAGUACUCGUGGGUCGGAAGGACAGGCAUUCCGCUUACCAAUUUCGAAACCCGUUGGAACACCCUGACCCCAUAUGCCUAUAAUGGCCCUGCCGAAACGCGAGAACACCGAAAUGUUGACCCGAACAAUCCAUAUUUUCUCCAGAGUGGUCCCGUCAAGACCGGUGGUGUUAAUACCGUUGUCGAUGAGAUGACAUCUAGCAUGGCGCAUGGGCGCAUCAAGACGAUGGCCCGACUCUUUCUCAUGACUUCCCCUGGCGAUUGGACCGCGGGAUAUAUGCCCUCUCUUGGGGGCAGGAUGCGCGCUUACUACGAGGGGGACGGAUAUGAGGAGGAUGCUCCUGAAUUCGCAGCCACGAUUCGCUUUCGCUGGGAAAUGGGCCUUCUGACUGACUUUCUUGUAAAAAAAUUCGGUCUUCCUAUCCCAAGUGGUGAGAUAUGUAUCAUGUGGGACCGGCGUGUAUGGGAGAUGGAUAAGAAACUCGGCAAUCGCCAUCAAAGGUCCGAGACACGAAAGAUGUUUGACAAGAUUCACCGAGCUCUGGAUCACUGUUUAGAGCCGCCCCGUCGAAAGGACCAAGGGCCUACUUUCUACAGGCCGACUGAAUACUUCUCCGCUGCUCUUUUCGAAGGGAAACAGAAAUGGGAGGAGACCCUCAAUAUGAUUCAGGAAGUGCGAGGGUUUAUGGCCGACGUUGUCAAAUUCCAUCGGCAGAGCGUCGUUGAUGAUAGCCGGACUCAAAGUCGUGGCAAGGAAUGGCUGAAAUCGCUCGGGAGGAAAGCUAGACGUUCUGCAAAGCCCUAA